AUGGCGAGAGUCCAAGAAACGGCCUUGGUCCGAUUCCAUGGUCUCCCCAAGGUGCACAAUAAAGGCGUUCCCCUCCGGCCCACUGUAUCACUCAAAGACACUCCAACGUACGGACUGGCAAAAUGGCUGUUUCGGCGCCUCAAAUUUCUGACGGCUGAUUCGGACACCACCGUCUGUUCGUCAACACAAUUCCUGGAGAAGCUUAAAGGAGUAAAUCUCCUGCCAAAUGAGGUAAUGGUAUGUUUUGAUGUCACGUCCCUCUUUACUUCUAUCCCCAGGAUCUGGCAAUCGAGACCGACCAACUACUACAAACCAAGUUCAAUGAAACGGAGAAUCGUCUCGGACAUGCCCAAGUCCUUCAGCUCCUAAAGUUCUGUCGCAGGACGUACUUCAAGUUUGACGGAACAAUCUACGAGCAAGUAAAGGGAACACCAAUGGGCUCGCCGAUCUCGGGAUUCAUCGCCAAGUGGUCCUACAGCGGUUGGAGUCGCUGGUCUUCCAACACCACAGACCGAAAUUCUGGGCUCGGUAUGUGGACGAUACCUUCCUCGUCAUCGAACACGAUCAGGUGCUAACGUUCAAAGAACGUCUGAACAGCGUCUUCCCGGAUAUACAAUUUACGAUGGAGGAGAAAAAAAAAACAACCAGCUGGCAUUCCAUGAUGUCCUCAUCAGCCGCAAUGAUUGUGGUGGCCUAAAGACCAAAGUGUUCAGAAAAGCGACGAACAUGACGCAAAUACUGAACUUCAACUGUAACCACCCAAUAAGUCACAAACGCAGUUGCGUAAGAACGCUAUAUCGGCGUGUUGAGACGCAUUACAGUGAACCGGAAGACAAGGUUGCUGAAUUCCAAUAUCUUUGACGGGUUUUUAGAGAAAACAAACCCGCGCAACUUCUUCAACCGGUGUAUGCGUGAACGAGACGAGCUUUAAAAGCGUACCGACUCCAAAUUCUGGCGAGCGAUCCCGUACAUCAAGACCGUCUCCGAGGCCGUCAGCCGCCUUCGUGCACCUCUUGGUGUUGGAGUUGCACACAGACCGGAGGUCACCAUGGGGCGUCAGGUGAUGAGACCAAAAGACCCACUGCCACGGCAUGAAACAUUUGGAGUCGUUUACCGGAUCUGGUGCAGUUGAGGACAAAGCAACUUCGUCGGAGAAACUGGAAGACUGCUCCGAACGCGAAUUGCCGAACACGCGGCAGCGGUACGGAGGAAAAACGCCAACCCUCAGGUAG